AUGUCUUUGAAUAGCUGGGAACGCAAAGCGCAGAAGGGAAGGGAUAUUCUCGAGCAGUCAAUUCCCAAACAAUGGAUGGUGCCGCAAUCUCAACUUCCACUGGUUACGCAAAAGAAUGUGAUCGAUUUUCCAAGACAGUCUGGCCUCCUGAGUGAGCGCGAACUGAUGAUCACUGGACUUUCUGCAACUGAGCUAGUUGGGGAAAUGGGGAAGGGAAUCUUAACGGCCGAGGAGGUUGUUAUCGCUUUCAUUAAGCGAUCUGUCAUCGGGCAGCAGCUGUUGAAUUUCGCAACGGAAUUCCUUGCCGAUGAGGCAAUUGCGCGGGCGCGAGAGCUUGAUCAACACUACAAGCGAACGGGGAAAUUAGUUGGACCCUUGCAUGGUGUCCCAAUCAGCGUCAAGGAGCAUAUUGGAUUUAAGAAUAAGACUUGCAACACUGGAUAUGUGGCUUGGAUUGACAAUGUAACUACUGAAGAUGCACACUUGCUCCGAUUACUAGCGAAUGCGGGCGCAGUAUUUCACGUUCGAACGAACCAACCCCAAUCACUCAUGCACCUUUGCUGCAGCAACAACAUCACAGGUACAACUCUCAACCCACACAACCGAACAUUAACACCUGGUGGUUCAUCCGGUGGCGAAGGAGCUUCGGUGGGCUUCAAAUGUGCACCUCUCGGUAUUGGCACUGACAUUGGUGGUUCAAUUCGAUGUCCCGCUGCUUUCUGCGGUGGUUAUGGCUUCCGUCCUACAGCAAUGCGCAACCCCAUGGCUGGAAUUGAGGUUGCCUGCAUUGGACAGGAGACUAUUCACGGUGUUGUGGGUCCUAUGGGUAGCAGUUCGAUUGAGGAUCUGGAGUUGUUCCAGAAGGCGGUGCUGGAUCAGGAACCCUGGGAGGAUGAGACUUCUCUGAUGCCCGUGCCGUGGAAGAGUGUGACUGCGACGCGGGAUAUGACCGUUGCUAUUAUGUGGGAUGAUGGAUGUGUUCGUCCUCAUCCACCCAUCACCCGGGCUUUGCGAAUGGCAAAGGAAAAGCUCCUUGCUGCUGGGAUCAAGGUUGUUGACUGGGAACCGUAUAAACACCAGCGUGGUUGGGAAAUUAUCUCCUCUCUUUACUACCCCGACGGUGCCGCCCUGCAACGCCAAAUGCUCCGAGAAUCAGGCGAGCCCGCCCGUCCACUGACUGAAUGGGCUUUCUCCUACAGCCGCCCCAUACCACUCACUCACAGCGAAGCCUGGGUCCUCCAACACGAGCGUGACUUAUACCGCGAUGAGUAUCAGGCCCUCCUUAAGCGCCGCGGCGUUGACUUCAUUCUCUCCCCCGCCAAUCCUGCUGCUGCCGCUGUCAUGGGCGAAUCCCAUUAUUGGAACUACACUGCGAUCUGGAACAUGACCGAUAUGCCAGCUGCUAUUUUCCCGUCUGGACUUACCGUGGACCCUGACUUGGAUGCACUCACGGCGCAGGAUAAGAAGUAUAUCCCGCGGAACGAGGUUGAUGAAAGGGAGUGGAAUAAGUAUCAGAGUCCGCAGAGGUAUGAGAGUGCGCCGAUUGCUUUGCAGAUUGCGGGCAGGCAUUUUAAGGAUGAGGAGACUUUGGCUGCUGCUAAGCUUGUCGAGGAGAUUAUUAAGGGAGAUACAAAGAGUUCUAAGCUUUGA